AUGAGUUGUUGCUACGAUCCAUAUCGUCCGGUCCUUUCUGCCUUCCUAAGCAGAUUUCCUACAUAUACGUACGAGUCGGCGUUCGCGCCGCUGCACUGCCGCCGCGCCGCCGCCGUGUCGGGCUACCUCGUCCAGAGCAUGGCCCGCAACCGCUACCACGCUGACUUCAUCUCCAUGCACGGCUCUCCGGGGGCGGCGCCGAAGGCGAUCUCGCUCGACUUCCUGCCGCCCGCGCACGUCCGCAUGGAGGCUGUGUCCGCGCACCGCGGCCUCGCGUGCUGCGUUGAGGCCGACACGGCACAGCCACCUUGCUACUACGUGUAUCAGCCGGCCUCGCGGCAAUGGCGGGCGCUGCCGAGCCCACGGGUAAGGUUCCGUACGGCGGCGGUCGCCAUGGUGGCCCGGCCUUCCGCCUCUAGCACCGCGGCGGAGUUCAAGGUCGUUCGGUUCUCUGUCCUGGCGCUACAGGACCGGCUGCGCUGCGAGGUGUUCGACUCGCGGCGGUUCGCGUGGCGCCGCGCCCCGGACGUGCCGCUGUGCCCGGACUCGCUCUUCCGGCCCGCGGUGCCCGCCGUGCACGCGCACGGCGCCAUGCACUGGCUCCGCUGGCCCGACCGCCUCAAGGGCGCGCAGGACGUGUUCGCGUUCGACGUCAGGGCCGAGGCGUGGCGGCUCAUCGCGCCACCGAGGGAGGUGGACGAGAUGGACGACCCGUGGGCGCGCAAGCGGAUCGCCGCCGUGGAGGGGAGGUUGUGCCUGCUGGUGCUCACGGACGCCGCUGUGGACGAGGCGCAGCCGCCCGCGACGGCAUGA